AUGGCAAGUUUGUUGCGCAUGAAAAUGAACACAAUGUUCGCUGUGCUUUCCCUUAUUUGUAUGGCUCAUGUAUCCGCUCGACACAACCUCCCAAAUCCUUCAAACAACAAUACGAAGCAGUCAGCUGUUUCAAAUCAAACCUGUGGCAGUUCUCCAUGCUCUCCACCACCACCAUUGCUCAACACAGAAUUUGUUGUAUCAGAGCAUACAAAUAUGAAGCAGUCAGCUGUUUCAAGCCCCCCCUGUGGCAGUUCUCCAUGCGCUCCUCCACCACCACCGUCAGAUAAUAAUACACUUAAGAAUAUGAAGAAAGAAGAUGUUUCCAGCCCCACCUGUGGCCAUUCUCCAUGUGCUCCACCACCAUCACGAGUACACAAAAAAUUUGCUUUAGCAGAGAAUAAUGUGGAGCAGUCAGUUUCCAGCCCCACCUGUGACGAUUCUCCAUGCGCUCCACCACCACCACUACUCAACAAAAAAUAUGGUGUCGCUUUUCCUGUGGCGAUUUCAGCAUAA